AUGUUGUUCAAGGCAAUCCUAUCUCUGGCGCUGGCCCUGGGAGUUAGCGCUCAAGGUAGUCAAGUUCAAUAUACUGAGAAGCAAUCUGGAAUCACCGUCACUGCAUAUUCCAAUGCCAACUUCCUCUUUGGAGUUGCUCUUCCAACAACUCCUUCGACGGACUUCAUCGGUGUGAUGAUAGGAAAAGGGACAGGAUGGGCGGCAGUAUCUCUCGGUGGUCCAAUGACCCAAAACGCUUUACUCCUAGCAACCUGGCCAAAUGCCAAAGCAGUGCUUUCGUCAUUCCGCAAAACAACCUCUUAUGCAUCACCAGCAGUAGCCAAGGGAGCCUGGACGCUUUACCCAAUCGCCAACGGCACAUAUACCAACACCACUCACUGGGUAUCUACCUUCCUCUGCAAAGCAUGUCUUUCAACUGAUGGCUCAACCUUUGACGCUUCUGCGGCUAGUGACACGCUCGGAUGGGCGUUCAACACUGCGGCACCAACGACUAAAUCAAGUGUGACUACCACUUUUACCAAGCAUGGAAGUCAAGGAAGUUAUAGUGCUGACUUGAAGAGCGCAAAGACUGCCAAGUAUGCGACUUGGGCUGCCUAUGCAUCGAAUACCACAAGCACAGCUUUCGUGAAGAAAGAGUUUGAAGCUUGA